UAGAGGUUGUGAAAGAAAAUGAAGAUUUCGAAGCUCCGUUGCUGGGACUGGUGUAAGGAGCAAAGAACGCGUGCUUAUAUCAUCUGGAGGUGUUUGCUUUUCUUGUUACAGUGGGAAGACUAAAGAUCGAACAAGAAUGUAUCGGGAGCUUGGCAAAGGAAUUGAACGAAGAUGGAGUAGAGAAUGUGACACUAUCAAGUUCGGUAUUUACGGGGACACAAAACGGCGUGAGGAUAAAGUCGUGGGCGAGGCCAAGUAACGGGUUCGUUAAGAACGUCUUCUUCCAAGACCUGAUCAUGGAGAACGUCCAAAACCCAAUCAUAAUCGACCAAAACUAUUGUCCUUCCCACCAAGGUUGCCCUACCGAGGUAUAUACAUAUCCACAUUUAUCUUAUUUAGAUAAGACUGAUCGAAUAAAGUUAUCAAAUAGUGAUCUAAGUUCUAAUAAAUAUUUAUGUGAAAUAGCAUUCGGGGGUGAAAAUAAGCCAAGUAACGUAUAAGAACAUACAAGGAACUUCCGCGACACAACAAGCAAUGAAGCUGGUGUGGAGCCAGAGCAACCCAUGUACAGGAAUCACAUUACAAGACAUUAAGCUUACUUACAAGAAAGGAGCUCCUGCUACUUCAUAAUGUUUCAAUGCUAUUGGGACUAGUCUCGGUGUUACUCAACCUACUAGUUGUCUAAACCAAUAAAAUCAAAUACUAUUGGUGUAAAGAUUUAGUUGGUGUAAGAUGAGAUGGUAAAAUGUUAUUAGGGAAUUGAUGUUUUCAUCUUUUAAGCCUCGCGUCCUUGAAUAUAAGAUUAAAUACAAUAAUAUAAUAUUAAUCCAAAUAGUUUUGUUCCCAAUGGCGUUGGAUAUCAACAAGUUAAAGAGCAAACUCCAUUGCUUUUUUUUUGUAAAAAAAAAAAAAAUCUUCUCUCACCACAUCGGUUUGAAUCUUUACAAGAAUGCAGAUUACAAUUGGAGAUGAAGGUUUUUCAUUUCCCAGCUGAUUCUUUUGCUACGAAGAUAAUGGUUGCUGGAAAAGAUCUCACGUUAAAAUAACUAUGAGUUAACUUGAAUAUUUAUGGAAUGCAUAAUCUUUUAAUUUUUGGUUAUAUGAUUUUAAUUCAGAUUUCUAGUCUACCAAUGAAAGUUUCAUACUUGAAUAUAUACAUUUAGACAUAUAGUUACUUACUCCUUUCUCAUCAACGGUUCACCUAGAGAAAAAGUCACACCUAGUAGAGGUAUCCGUCAAGGAGAUCCCUUCUCACCAUACAUCUUCAUUUUGUGUAGUGAGGUUCUCUCGGAUUUAUGUAACAAAGCACAAGAGGAGGGUUCUCUAAAAGGAAUCUGUGUAGCCCGAGGGAGUCCUCAGCUCAAUCAUCUCCUCUUUGCGGACGACACGAUGUUUUUCAUCAAAGCUUGCAAAAAAGUAGUGAAGCCUUGCAGCGAAUCCUCCAAAGAUAUGAAGCAGCCUCCGGGCAAUUGAUCAACCCGGAGAAAUCAGCUAUCACUUUCUCUCGAUGGACCCCAGCUUCUCUGAAACAGACGAUUAGGGAUACUUUGAGUAUCCAAAAAGAGGGCGGCACCGGGAAAUAUGUUGGCCUACCGGAGCUGUUUGGGAGGAAGAAACGAGAUUUAUUCACGUCUAUCGUAGAUCGGAUUCAGCAAAAAGCGAAGAGUUGGUCGAAUCGACAUCUAUCCUCGGCUGGGAAAAUGACUAUGCUCCGGAGCGUGCUCUCCCCCAUUCCUUCCUACUCGAUGACUUGUUUCAAGCUCUUCGUCUCACUCUAUAAAAGAAUCCAAUCAGCUCUCACCCGUUUCUGGUGGGACGACCGAGACAGAAACCGGAAGAUGUCAUGGAUUGCAUGGGACACAAUGACUCUCCCAAAGGACCAGGGUGGACUCGACUUCCGUGAUAUUGAGAGUAUCAAUGAGGCUUUCCUCACCAAGUUAAGCUGGCGUAUCGUCAGAUAUCCUAAAAGCCUACUCGCGAGGAUUCUCUUAGGCAAAUACUGCUCAUCAGACUCUUUCCUCUCUGCCCCAAUUCCCUCAGCGUGCUCCCAUGGCUGGAGAGGUAUCAUGCUAGGAAGGAAUAUCAUCUCGAACAACUCUGGAUGGGCAGUGGGAAAUGGCAUGAACCUUAAUGUUUGGGAAGAUCCAUGGCUAAGCUCCUCUUCUCAAACCAGAACAAUGGGGCCAGCACCAGAAUCACUUGUGAAUCUUACAGUUGCGGAACUCUUCCAGUCCGAGGAAAACGUAUGGAGCUUGGAGAAGAUCCGUCAGUUUCUUCCCUUCCAUGAACAGGAGAUACUCGCCAUCAAGCCAAGCUUCUCGGGUGCACCAGAUAAACUCAUCUGGCUCAAUGACAAAACAAGGGAGUUUACUACUAAAUCAGGGCUAUAACACUGUCUGACAAGCCAUCCCAGCUCUAGAACCAGCCAACCCACAAACCUCCAACUUCAAUUGGAGGAAGAGCGUAUGGAGAGUUCAUACAGCCCCAAAGAUAAAGCUUUUUCUCUGGAAAAAUUUCCACAAAGCCCUGCCCACAGGAGAUCAAUUACUAGCCCGCCAUAUAGAUGUUGUUGGAAAGUGUAAGAGUUGUGGCCUACCUGAAUCUAUCGACCAUCUGUUUCUCCACUGUACCUUUGCGCAUACCGUUUAGACCCUCACUCCAAUCUUCCUGAGGCUCGAGUACAACGG